AUGGGAUUUUCUACGCAUCUAAAAGCUUUAAUGAAGAAAAACUUUAUUCUUUGGAAAAGGAAUAUUUGUUGUUCUAUUUUCGAAAUACUUCUACCAUUUUUCUUGGUUGCAACUUUCUUUAUCCUAAAAAGUUAAGUGGAUGAUGAGUUUAUUCCUAAAAAAUCAUUUUAUCCUGAAAAAACUAUUUUACCUCCAAACUAUUAAAAUAUUGGAAUUAAUCCUAAAACAAACUUUCCUAUUCCUCCUCAUAUGAAAGAUUGCCUCACUGGUCGCUCAUCUUAAUAUCCUUCUUAUAGAAACGGUCAUGUUGCUACAGUUGGUCCUGAUGAUUUUUUGUUACCUUUGGAAAAUAUAUUCUAAUAAAAUUAUAACUACUAAACCAAAAGAUAUUAAUCAGUUGAUGACCUCAUUUCUUAUGCUUCCUCUAGUGACUACAAUAACGAUAUAUGCUUUGGUAUCUCAAUAGACUAAUACUACAAUAACAUCUUUAAAUAUCGUCUUUUAUUCAAUGCUUCAUCUGUCACUGAUUCUGAAGUGCCAUAAACCAUAAGACCAGAAGUAGUUAAUUAUCUAUAUGAAAACAAAAAAAAUAAUCUUGAUACCUGGGUUAAUAGUGGAUUUCUUACAAUUCAAAAUUGGAUAGAUAAUAUAAUUUUACAGUACACCACUGAAAACAGUAAUCUAGAAAUAUAGAGCAGUAUUACAUCUAUGCUCGUUUAGGAUCAUUAUAAAAACUCUUUAGUAGAUAAUUUAAAAGGCAAUAUGGGAGUUUUUAUUGUCUUACCUAUGAUUUUAAUUUAUCUCAGAAUGACAUAUGGACUUCUUAUUGAGAAAGAAAAGAAAAUUAGAGAAGGUAUGAAAGUAAUGGGAAUGAGUAAUUCUAGUUUCUAUGCUUCAUGGAUUAUCUAUUAUUUCAUCAUCUACUUUUUGUGUAGCAUUCUUGUUUCCAGUGCUCUAAAAGGGUCUAUUUAUGUUUCAUCAGAUUGGAGUGUCAUUUUUGUAUGGCAUUUGAUAUUUGGAAUCUCUUUGAUUUUCUAAAGUAUCUUUAUCACUACUUUUUUCACCAAAGCACAAGUUGGAAAUAUUUUUGCUAUGGUUUUCUUCUUAUUUUAAUAUAUGGCAAUAAUUAUUCUUAGUAACUAUGAUAAUCCUUCAAAAAAUGAUAAAAUUGGUGUUUCAUUCUUACCUUAAGCUGGUACUUCUUUGGCUUGUGAUGUCUUUCUUAUUUCUGAAAGUUCAAAAAAGGGAAUUCAAUGGUCUAAUUUGACUGAAGAAAUCGAUAAUUAUUCAGUUUUUAUUAACAUUUAUAUGAAUUUAAUAAAUAUUUUUAUAUUUAUCAUUCUUGGUUUAUACUUUGAUCAGGUGUUUCCCAAUGAUUUUGGAAAAAAACGUCAUCCUCUCUUCUUUAUCAGCUGGAUUUGGGAAAAGAAACUUAGUCCAAAAGAGAAAAAAAGGAAACUCUUAGAAAAGGCAGAAGGCGAAUAAGCAUUUGAUUUCAAUGAUAAUUUUGAAGAAGUUCCUUAAAAUCUAAAAGACCAAGAAGAGUUGAAUCAAACUGUAAAGAUAACAAAUUUAAGAAAGAUUUAUCCAUCUGGUAAGAGCGCAGUGAAUGGAUUAAGCUUUUCAAUGUACAACGGAUAAAUAUUUGCUCUGUUAGGCCAUAACGGUGCUGGUAAAACUUCAACUAUUUCUAUGCUUACUGGCAUGUAUGAAAUGACAGAUGGCGCUGCUAAUGCUUUAGGUAGAGAUGUUGAGACUGAAAUGGAAGAAAUUCGUACUUUCAUGGGCGUUUGUCCUCAGUAUGAUAUUUUAUUUGAUGACUUGUCUGUUUAUGAGCAUUUAGAACUUUUUGCUACUUUUAAAGGCAUGACUGAUUCUGAAGAGAUCAAAAAACAAGUGUAAAAACACAUUGAGGAUGUCGAUUUGUAAGAAAAGACUAAUGAGCUUGCUAAGAACCUUUCUGGAGGGUAAAGAAGAAGACUCAGUGUUGCAAUUGCUUUUAUUGGAGGUAGCAAAUUAGUAUAUCUAGAUGAACCAACUAGUGGUAUGGAUACAUCUGCUCGUAGACAUAUUUGGGAUAUGCUCAAAAGAUAUAAGAAUGACAGAGUUAUUUGUUUAACAACACAUUUCAUGGAUGAAGCUGACUACCUUGGAGAUAGAAUUGGUAUUAUGGCAGAUGGAUAGCUUGUUUGUUUAGGAAAACCUCUCUUCUUAAAGAAUAAAUUUGGAACUGGUUAUAAUUUAACAAUAGUGAAGAAGUACCCAACAGAUAACUCAUAACCCAUUAUUGAUUUCGUUAAAAAACACAUAAAAACUGCAGAAGUUUUGUCAGAUGUAUCAGCUGAAGUUGUUUUGUAACUUAGAAACGAAGAGGCUUCUAACUUCCCUCCACUCUUUUUAGAACUUGAUAACUCUUUGCAAAAGUUAAGCAUCCAAACAUAUGGUAUUUCCAUCACUACCUUAGAAGAAGUCUUCUUGAAAGUUGCUCAUUUGAAAGAGAAAAAAAUAAAAGAAUAAAAGAAGAAGGAAAAGCUAAAUGAGCAAGAAAAAGAUAAGAGCAAUAGCAAAAAUAUUUACUUAAAUGUUGAUAAAUCUUAAGACGGUAAUAGCGAUAUUGAAAGCUAAAAAAAUUAAUAGAAUAAAAUAUCAGAAGACGAAAAAAAUGCAGAUGAAAUUGACAAUUUCGAUUUGAAUUAAGUUAGAAUCACAAAAACUUAUGACAAAUUUUGCUAUCACAUGAGAGCACUUACAACAAAGAGAGCAAUUUCAUUUAAAAGAGAUAUUAGAUCCCUCUUGUGUGAAGUUAUUUUACCUUGUUUGAUUGUUGUUGUUGGAUUAAGUUUAACUUUAAUUUCCUCCAUCACAGAAUAAAAUGGGGUAAUAAUAGAUCCAAAAAAUUUCCCAAACCCAUUGAAUGUAGUUGUAGGUAAUGCUUAAGGUCUAUCCGCUCCUCAUAUAUAAAAUUUAUUGGGUUCUUUCAGUUAAGCAAAUUUAUAUGAUUUUUGGACAGCAAAUCAAUAAUCAGUUGAUGAAUGGGAAGACUAUGCCUUUCACUCCAAAAAUUACGAUUCUACAGGUUCUUACUAUAUUGAAGAAAUAAAUAUUUCUAACACUUUCAAAUACACAACAGAAAUAAAUACCAUAUAUAGAGAUGCUGCUCCUUUAUAUAUAAACUAAAUGAAUGAAGCUUACAUCAAUUAUUGGCUUAAGUAAUUAGGAAAACAUUAAAUCACAAUUUAAGUAACUAACCAUCCUUUACCAUUAACACAAACUUAAAAGGACUUAUCUGGCAGUGCAUAAGGUCUUGUUACUAGUUUUAUUUAUGCUAUUGCUUUUUCUUUCAUCCCUGCUUCAUUGAUAUCUUUUAUAGUUAAAGAACGUACAGAAAAGAUUAAACAUCAGCAAUUAGUAAGUGGAGUUAGCUUAUACACUUAUUGGUUCAGUAAUUAUUUGGUUGACUUCAUAAAAUACAUCAUUCCUGCUGUCUUUUCUAUUUUGAUGAUUCUUGCUUACGAUAUUUCAUCAUUCACUGAGAGUUCUUGUUUAGCAGCUAUAUCUUUAAUGGUUUUUCUCUAUGGAUGGUCUGUUAUCCCAUUCUCUUAUUUUACAAGCUUCAUUUUUGGAGAUUACGGUAAUGCGUAAGUUUCCUCUUUCUUCAUUAACUUCUUAUUUGGUGGUAUAAUGCCUAUGGUUAUUUUCAUUCUCCGUAUUAUUGAUUCUACUGAGAGUGCUGCAAUAGCUAUUGGAUGGAUAUUUAGAAUCAUUCCUUCAUUCAGCUUUGGUUAUGGAAUCAUGAACAUAGGUAAUAGAAAUCUCUACGCCUUUUAAAAUAAUUAUCAAUAACUUGACUCACCAUUUUCAAUUGAUAUUGCUGGAGCUGAUAUUAUUUUUAUGAUUCUUGAAGGAUUUAUUUACUAUUUGUUGGUGUUUUUGGUAGAAAACCACUCUUAAAUAUCCUUCCUAAAUAACAUGUUUUCAAAGGAAAAAUCAGUUGAAUACUAACCUAAAGAAUAUGAUGAAGAUGUCUAAAAAGAAAUUGAUCUCAUCGCAGAAACCAAUCCUUCAGACUAUACAGUUAGAGUCAAUAAGCUUAGAAAAGUUUUUAUUCCUUCUAAAGAUAGAAUAAAAGUUGCUGUCGAUUAAGUCUCUUUCGGCAUCGGUAAUGGAGAAUGCUUCACCCUUUUGGGAGUGAAUGGUGCUGGAAAGACUACAACAUUUAAAAUAUUGUCAGGUGAAAUUUAGCAAACUUCUGGAGAAUGCCACAUCAUGGGAUUCGAUUUGAAAACUCAAAUCAAUCAAGCUCGUAAUUACAUUGGUUAUUGCCCACAAUUCGAUGCAUUGUGUGAUAAUUUAACAGCUAGAGAACAUCUCGAAAUGUAUGCAUUAAUCAAAGGAAUUCCUAUUGAAAUGAGAGAAAAGUUAGUUGCCAAAAAAAUUAAAGAAAUGGAUUUGACUGAUUUCGAACAUAAACUAGCUGGAACCUAUAGUGGAGGUAAUAAACGUAAGCUAAGUGUAGCUAUAGCAAUGUUAGGUAAUCCUCCUAUUGUUUUUCUUGAUGAACCCUCCACAGGAAUGGAUCCUGCUGCUAGACGUUUCAUGUGGGAUGUAAUUUCAAGAAUUUCUACCAAACGUAAAAGUUCAAGUGUAAUUUUAACGACUCAUUCUAUGGAAGAAGCCGAAGCUCUCUCAACAAGAGUUGCUAUUUAAGUAGAAGGUAUAUUGAGGUGUAUUGGAAGCAUUUAACAAAUAAAGGAUAAAUUUGGUGAAGGUUAUGAAGUAGAAAUCAAACUAAAAAUCCCUACAGAACAAGAAUUGAUUCAAAAAUUAAGUUUAUAUGGUAUAACAGAAGAUAAUGUAAAAGAAUAGAUUCACUAUGAUUAACUUGAAUCAUAUUUACAAUAAAUGAAUGCAUCUAAUCUUAAUGAAUAAAUAAAUGCUUAAGGCAAUGGCAAAUAACUAUAUGCUAGAUUGAAUUCCGAUGUUGGAGUAAGUCUCCUUUCACUAGCUUAAUAUAUUGUAUUAGAAUAGAAUGGAGAAAACUUAAAGUCUUUCAUAUAAAAUAAAGUGGGCGAAUAUAAUAUAAUCGAACAUUUUGAUGAUUUCUACAGAUUUAGAAUUUUAUCAGACAUAUCUAUUGGUAAAAUGUUUGAACUUUUUGAAAACAACAAAAACAAUUUGCUUGUAGAAAAUUAUUCAGUCAAGCAAGCUUCUAUUGAAUAAAUUUUCAACUUAUUUGCCACAAAUUAGAUAAAGGUUAACUAAUAAAAGUUAAAAUUUAAUGUAGAUUAAAAGAAUCAAGAACAAAGUGAGCAAAACAGUUCUCAAUAAUACUACGGAUAAAAAUUUAUUGAGAUGAACCAGCUUCAAAUUGUUCCUAAAAAUAAUUAAAAUUGA